AUGGCCAAAGCCCACACACUUUCUGUUUCUGCCUACCACUCCAAUGAAUAUAAUGAUCUUAAAACUAUUGAGCAGACUUCUACCUUGCUUUCAACCCAGAGGCUGGCCCUCUCACCAAACAUCCUAGAACUUUUAACUCUGCCUUGUGGUUUGGAUGAACUGGAAAAUGACUACCGGCCUUGCAUUUCAGAGGACCUAAAAAUAGGUUUUGCCAUCUCUGAUCAUGCCACUCAAACUGAGAUAAGUGAAGUAGGAGAUCUGAAACAGUUUACAACAAUGACAAGAAAUUUACUAGAGUUUACAUACUCACUCUGUGAUGACUUUGCAAUGUAUAAAAAUAUUCUGAAAAUGCAGUAUGAGGAAAAAAUACAGGAAUAUGCAUCUAAACUCUGGCUAGAAAUAAGUGACCGACUGGAAGACAUUGAGAAACUUUAUAAGCAGAAAGAAAUCAAAACACGAUAUAGCUACCAACAACAAUUAAGUGAUGCACUGGCUAUUCUUAGAAUGAACUAUUCAAUCAGACCAAAAAGAAUGAAAUAUGUACAAGUUGAUGAACAAUGUAAAGUAGAUUUGUCAGCUGCAAAAAUAGAUAAGUUAAGGAGAAUCAUUGAUGAGCAAGCAGAUAAAAUUGAAUAUUUAACAGCGCUAUUAGAGGAAGAGAAAGACAUGAGAGAGGAAAAGCUUCAACGUGAAGGGUACGUUGAUGUGGAGUGGCAUCGGGAACAGAUGCGAGAAUUGAGAGAACAAAUAAUUAGCCUGAUUGAAAAAAACACACAGCUUCAAGAAACUGUGAAGCAGGGAGAGAAAGAGCAGACUAACUUAGAGAAUGAAAUAAAACUUUUGCAGAACAAAAUGGAAAAAGAUAUGAAGGCAAUGGAAAAGUUAACAAAUGCUCACGAAUUACAGAAGGCAGAACUUGAUAGAGAGAAGGAGAGAGUGCAAGCAAAAGCUCAGGAACUGAAAGAAGCUCAAGAUGCUCUUGCAAAAUUAAAAGAAACUGGAGCUCAGCCAGUAGCAAAGAAAGCCUCAGAACAGGAAGGAAAAGUGAAAAAGGGCCGGAAAAAAAGCUUGAAAGGGAAAGCUGUCAAAGAGACAACCAGUAAAGAGGCAGCUCUUAAACCAGCAACCACCAAAGACACAACCACCAAAGACACAACUACCAAAGACGCAGCCACCAAAGACUCAGCCACCAAAAGAGAUGGGAUAGGUGAAGCUUUGGAUGAGGCAAUGGCAACUGAGAGAAAAGCAUUAUAUAAUGAAAUAAAGAGGCUUAAGAAAGCUGAAGAACAAGCAAGAUUGCAUGCACAGAGACUUCAGAAGGAAUUAAGUGAAUUGAAUAAAUCUUGGGUAUUAAAGUUUGAUAUUCUAAAGAAAAGCCUGCAUGCUAUUAAGAAUGAGAUGUAUCUUAGACAAUCACUGCAGCAAUCAGUGAAAUUCAGACGCCCAUUACUAACUGAAAGGAAAGCUUUGCCUAUACACAUCCAGAAUCGAAUUCAGAAUCCUCCACAUAAACGCCGUUGGAUUUCAAGUAGUUUGUAUAUGCAGUAUUCACCCCUGCCGGAGAUAACUACUGAGAUAGACAUUGAGUCAGGUGAUGAAGAACAAAAUUAUGCCAACAAUCCAGUUACAACUGCAGUUCCCAAUGCUUUAAUCCAAGGUACCCUUCAGAUUAUUGAAUUUCAGAUCCAUAAUCCCCUGCUAAAAUGGCCAGAAGAGAGGCCCAUGGCAGAUUUGAAGGAGGUGGUGUGA